GAACUUUCUUUUUAACUACAUUCAAAUAUGCACUGACCUGUGUCUGCAACAGAAUAGGCAACAGAAAUGGUUAGACAUGUGAUUACAAAGGAGGCCCGCACCUUGUAGAGCCUUGAGAGUGUUAAUAGACUCACUUCAUUCAACACUGGAGCAUGAUGAUCUCUUCCCAUGGGGCUUUUGAGGUCUCAUAUACUCUCAGGCCAUGCCAGUAUCUCAGACCACUUCCUGUUGCCUGCACAAGAUGUAGAACUCUCCGCUACCUCUCCAGCACCAUGUCUGCCUGCAUGCCACCAUGUCCCACCAUGAUGAUAAUGAACUGAAACUCUGAACUGUAAGGCAUGCAAUUAAAUGUUUUCCUUUAUAAGGGUGGCCAUGGUCAUGGUGUCUCUUCACAGGAACAGAAACCCUAACUAAGACAUUUAAAAACAAUACUGGAGUUGUAGAGAUGGCAUGGGGUUAAGAGCACUGGGUCCAAAAUCAUCCGUACCCGAGUUCACAUCCCAGUAUGCACAUAACAAGAUGUGUCCUGACAAAUGCCCACAGGGAAGAGGGAAAGAAGGACCACUGGGACUGGCUAGCUUUCAGCCUUGCCAAGAAAACCCAAACCCAAGGUUGAAGAAAACAACCCUGUCUCAAAGGAAAAAAUUGGAAAGUGAAGGAGAAUGACAUCUGAUAACCCACUCCUGACCUCUGUGUACACACAAACAAACAUGUAUGUACAUACAGAUAUACAUACCUACAUAUGUGUAAUACUCACACAUAUGCAUAAAUUAAUUAAAUAUUUUAAAAAUAAAAAGUGUUCUAUGAGAAAGCUACAGGUAGCAGAGUCCACUUUUAUCCCGGGGCAGGAGAAACAAAAUUAAACAAAACAACUUCUAUGAAAUUGAAAUCCACUCCUUAUCUAAAAAUCAAACAACUUAAAGGAAUCUUGACUGGGAUUCAGGUCCAGGUUGACUCUAUUGUGUAUAGUCAGUAUAUCUACCUGAAGGUAGAUUUCCACCAAAGAGCCAAAAAAAAAAAAAGGUGUCCUGCACAAUGAAAUGAACUAGUAACUAUCAACCUAAACAUUCAUAAAAUCAUUGCAGAUAAGCAUCAGUAGGCUAUUGGCCUAGGAGGAGUCCUGUCUAUAUUCACAUGUUGGCCAAAUAUCCUACCAGUAAUUACUUGGGAAUUUGUCAAGAGAUAUUCAUUAUUUUGCUGCAUUACCUGGCCCUCAGGUUCUUACAUCAUUCUGCUGCUUAGAAGUCACCUUCACACACCAUGGAGGGCCUAUACAGUAAGUAAACUGAGAUGGGCAAAUAGAAAUGAGACAUAUCAAGGUAGGAGGGGUCAGCAUAGGUAUUUAAAAGUGGCUGGGUCUGGAGCAGAUUGUUCUACAAAAAUAAGUGAAACAAGAGAAGGUUGAGGCACACCUCAUUAGCAAAUACUAGUGUUCGUGGAAAGGGAGACGUGGACAGCACAAGACAGCGUGGCAUGGCUUGGAUUACCUUCUACCUUCUAAAUGUUCUCUGGGCUGUGGCAGGAACCAGCACCCAAAACUCUUGCUCUGUCCCCCCAGAACAGCAGCCCUGGGUCAAUGGCCUACAAGUGCUCAUGGAGAAGUCGGUGACAAAGUCAGACUUCACAAAUCCCAGCAUCCUGAUUGCCAUGAACCUGGCCGGUGCCUACAAUCUGGAGGCCCAGAAGCUCCUGACUGACAGGCUCAUGGCCACUGACAGUGCAGACCUGACAAGCGGGCAAAUAGCCCUCACCAUUAUGGCGCUCACCUCCUCAUGCCGAGACCCUGGAAAUAAAGUAUCCAUUCUGCAAAAUAAAAUGGAGAACUGGGUGUCUCCAAGCCCCGGUGCUGAAGCCUCAGCCUUCUAUGGGCCCAGUCUGGCGAUCCUCGCACUGUGCCAGAAGAACUCAGAGGCAACCUUACCCAUCGCAGUGCGCUUUGCUAAGACCCUGAUGAGGGAGUCUUCUCCCUUCAAUGUGGACACAGGAGCAGUAGCAACCUUGGCCCUGACCUGCAUGUACAACAGGAUUCCUGUAGGUUCUCAGGAAAAUUACAGAGACCUGUUUGGUGAGGCACUGAAGGUUCUUGUGGAUAAUAUCAGCUCGAAAAUCAACGCUGAUGGCAUCAUUGGAGACAUCUACAGCACCGGCCUUGCCAUGCAGGCUCUGUCUGUGACACCUGAGCAACCUAUCAAGAAAUGGGACUGCCAGAAGACUAUGGAUAUGAUACUCAAUGAGAUUAAGCAGGGGAAAUUUGAAAACCCCAUGUCCAUUGCUCAAAUUCUCCCCUCCUUGAAAGGCAAGACUUACCUAGAUGUGCCCCAAGUAAAUUGUGGUCCUGAUCAUGAAGUGCCACCAACUCCAGCUGACUAUCCUACCCCCGUCCCCACCUCACCAUCUAAUAUUACCGUCAUAUACACCAUAAACAACCAGCUGAAGGGGGUUGAUCUGCUCUUCAACAAGACCAUUGAAGUUAGUGUGAGGAAUGGAUCUGUGCUACUUGUUGUCCUAGAAGAAGCGCAGCGCAAAAACUCCAUGUUCAAAUUUGAAACCAGAAUGACAUCUUGGGGCCUUCUUAUCUUUUCUAUCAACAAUAUCGCUGAAAAUGUUAAUCACAAGACAUACUGGCAGUUCCUUAGUGGCAAAACACCUUUGGCUGAAGGGGUUGCUUACUAUGUUCCCUCCAACUAUGAGCACAUCACAGCCAACUUCACCCAAUACUGA